AAUAGCAAAUUUAACAAGCAACAACAUACAACAACCACUUACAAGACACAACACAAAGCAGGCAGAAAGCAUCACAAGUCCAACAGAAACAGUGAACCAUCAAACAUAAGAUAUUACCUGGAGAAUUGUCACAUACAAC